UAAGGGGGCACAACAUUAUUUGUGACAACUUUUUCACAAGCUACGCCCUGGGUCAGGAACUUCUCAAGAGAAAGAUCACAAUGGUCGGAACGGUCCGCAAAAACAGGACUGAACUCCCACCAGAACUGCUUGUGACAAAGGACAGAGCCCCUCAGUCCUCUGCAUUCGCCUUCACAGACACCACUACUGUGGUGUCAUACUGUCCUAAAAAAGGGAAGAAUGUUGUGCUCAUGAGCACCUUGCACAGGGAUGUGGAAAUCAGUUCAGGAGAAGACCAAAAACCCACCAUCAUCUGUGACUACAAUGCCACCAAAGGGGGUGUGGAUAAUUUGGAUAAGGUGACAGAUGCCUACAGUACCAAGCGGAUGACUGCACGCUGGCCUCUUGUCAUCUUCUACAAUAUAAUUGAUGUAUCGGCAUACAAUGCCUUUGUGAUCUGGUCAGAGAUCUGUCCAGAGUGGAAUGCUGGAAAGCUUUUCAAGAGACGCAUGUUCCUCGAAGAGCUGGGAAAGGCCCUUGUGGUUCCACAUAUUGAACAAAGAAAAUCCAUGCCAAGGACACCGACUGCUGCAGCCACCGUUCGGGAGAUCCAGGACAGCGCAUCAACCAGCACACCAGUGCGCGAGGUUUCUGCAGGGAGUAAAAGGAAGAGGAAGAGAUGCCAGAUCUGCAAGCCAGCAGUUGAUGUGAAGACAAGCUCAACUUGUGUGAAGUGUGGUAAAUUCAUAUGCACAAAACACACUGUGAUGGCAUGCCCCUCAUGUGCCAAGUAGAGUCAUUUCUGUGAAUUUCUGUUCCUAGGUGCUGUAGUUCAUAUACUGUAAUUCCCAAACAUUCUAUAGUUCAUGUUGUUCCUAAGCAUUGUAAAGUGUCACAUUCAGACACACACAUAGUGGGAAAGAGGUGUUCAAACAGCAAUUCAUACACUUAUGUACAGUGGUGUUCAUACUACUUAUCU